AUGGGCCCAAACCAGCAAUCCCCACCUGGAAGCACACCGUCAAAACCCCCAACAUCUGCUUCCACCGCCGCCAACAACACCCUUCUCCUCUUCCAGCGAUUCCAUCGGCCGCGACCUGAACGCUUCUCCACCUGCAUCAUCGGACAUCAUCCCGACCUCUUAGGCUCUGGUGGAGCAAAAACUUCUCAGCACAAAAUAAAAACUCAAAUACAAUAUGAUCCUUUGGGGUUUAAACUAUCAGCUUUUAAUCAGCAUUACAAAAGCAUUCAAAAUUAUGCUGUGAAAGCCGUGACUGUACCAUCUUCUGAGUCAGAAUCUGAAGCUUCCAAUUCCAAUAACAUUGUCGACUCUGUCAAAAAUUUCAUGGCCGUUUUGUACCAAUUUAUUUACCCUUACGCAUUCUAUGGUCAGGCAACAGCUACAAUUUCUGCGUCUCUAGUUGCAGUAGAAAAACUAUCAGAUAUAUCUCCAUUGUUUUUUAUCGGUUUGCUGCAGGCUGUGUUACCUCACUGUUUUGUGGCUCUUUACGUUAAUGGAGUGAAUCAAUUGUUUGACUUUGAGAUAGAUAAGAUAAACAAACCGUAUCUUCCAUUGGCUGCUGGCAAAUUAUCCUUCAGAACUUGUGCCUUUAUUGUUGCCUUAUCUGCAAUUUUGGGUCUAGGGUUUAACUUGAUGAUAGGUUCUCCGCCAUUGAUUUGGAACUUUGUGUUGUGCGUUACAUUAUGGACUUGCUAUUCAGUCAAUUUGCCUUUCUUACGAUGGAAGCAAAAUCCGGUGCUGGCAUCAUUACUCAUGUUUGUUACUUUUGCAUAUAUAUUUCCAGUUACAUACUUCCUUCAUAUGCAGACUUUUGUGUUCAAGAGACCAGUUGUGUUUACAAGAUCAUUGAUUGUUUCUCUCUUGUUCAUGAGUAUCUACAUUACUGGUUUAACAUUAGCCAAGGAUAUACCUGACGUAGAAGGAGAUAUAAAACAUGGCAUUGUUUCAUUCGCAGCACGUUUAGGCCAGAAAAAAGUAUUUUGGAUUUGUGUUUUCCUUUUUGAAAUGGCAUUUGGAGUUGCCUUCUUGGCAGGAGCAUCAUCUUCAUCUCAUUUUGGGAUUAAAAUUGUCACGUGUCUUGGAAAUAUUGUUCUUGGUUCAAUUCUGUUGUACCAGACCAAAUACGUAGAUGUGACAAAUCCAGCUUCCACUAGAUCCUUCUAUUCCUUUAUCUGGAAGGUAAUUCUUCUCUUAAACAUUGUUUCUAUUUGAAUAGUUCAAUAUCCAGCUUAUAAAGGAAACAUCUAAUAACAUAAGUACUUAUGUGUUUGUUUUUGCAGUUGAUGAUGGGAUCAUACGUUCU